AGACUACUGUUAUACGGUCGUCUCGGUGAAUCUAGGGGCGAUGGGAGAAGAUGUCUGCCAGAUUGAAGAGAGAGGAGUGCCUGCGAACCAAGCAUGAUUCCCUCUUCUCCAAAUGGAAGGUCCUUAUUGGACCAUCUGAUUAGGACUACUCCUUGGGAAAAGAUGGAGUAGAGAGGUACAGGAUCCAUAAUAUUCCUAUAUACAGUGCAUGCCCUGGUCUCUAUGAGUUAGGCAUAGCUUCAAAUCUUGGAGUUGAAGAUAAUAGGACUCGCAGGCGUGCUUCAGAGGAUGUUAUUGUUGUGUACCUUGGGCAAGCUGAUAAUGUUAGAACAAGGCUCCAACAAUAUGGCCGUGAAGGAGCUCAUUUGGACCAUAGAAAUUUGAUUAUUUCUGCAGAUAAAAUUGAGUUUCCCUUUACUCAGAGUGGACCAGGACUGUUCAAAGAGAUUUUCUCAAGGGGACACUCCAUCAUGUUCAGAUGGGUUCCGAUGUCUAGCAAAAAAGAAGCUGAAAAGACAGAAGCCAGGCUGCUUAAAGUCUUUGACUAUGCCUGGAAUAAACGUGGCAAUGGUGUCUGUCGCCGAGAAGAGAUCCUCUUAAAGUUAGAUAAUGCAGCCACCAGCCCAAUCUCAUCUGCCCAUAGAAAGCUACAACAGUGGAAGCAUACUGUAUUUGAUAAGAAAGAAGGGAUCAAAAUCAAUGGAAGCAUGCCACUUGAUGAAGUGGGAUCAUCUGAUGGUAGGAAAGGUUUUCUCCCAGAAGUGCUCAAGUUUGUUACUUUCCGUCCUCGAUUAGUUCAAGGGGGUGAUGGCAUUCCUGGGGAUCAUGACAUCUGUGGAGUGGCUAUUAGUGGUGGAUUAGUUUGUAGAAACAAACCAGUUAAAGGAAGAAAAAAGAUGUGAAGAGCAUAAAGGAAAGAGGAUUACUGGCAUUGAUAAUGUAACUGGCGGAGAAGUCACAACAAACCUCAGAGAAAUCAUCUGUGUGUGGUUUUGUCUCAGAAGACGGUUCUGUUUGUUCCGAACUCGCAAUUCAUGGAAAAAAGAGGUGUGAAUUACACAAAGGUAGAAGGAUUUUUGAACCUCAUCUCCACAUAUCAUCUGAUAAUAAACUCCAAUCUCAACUAGUUCAAAGAGACAUAUGAUGCUGACCUGGAAUAUAACAUCUGUGGUGUGGUCUAUGGUGAUGGGUCUAUUUGCAGGAAAAAGCCUGUUUCAGGGCGAAAAAAGGUGUGAGCAUCAUAAAGGACAGAGAAUUGCUGGAACUAAAUUAAUAACAAGCGAAGAUCAGAUGACAAAAAAACAUUGUAACCUUGAUGAGCCCUAUGAUAUCUGUGGGGUGGUCACUGAUGAUGGGUAUGUUUGUAAGAGGAAACCAGUAUACGGAAGGAAAAGAUGUGAAGAGCAACAAAGGAAGGAGGGUCACAUCACCUGGGUUAAUGAUAAGCAUAGAGAGCUAUAGAGCGGCGAGCAGAUCAUCAUCUGCAUGUGGUGUCACUUUAGGUAAUGGUUCUAUUUGUAUGAAGUCACCAGUUCCAGGAAGGAAGAGAUGCUCACUACACAAAGGUAGAAGGAUCACCUAGCCACCAACUCCAAAAAUAUGUACAAGUAUCCAGUUUUCCCAACUCCAGAAGUUGCUAAAUUUUCACUGAACUCUGAUAUGAAGCCUGCAAGCAUGAUAAAUAAUUUGUAACGUGUGUUUGGUUCAUUGGAAAUGCGAGUUGAAAUGCCUGUGAUUUGCUCCAUUGUACUCCUGAUACUCCAUAUUUAAGCGACUGUCAGAAAACAGCUUUUGCUGGUGCAGUACUUUCUGUGUUAUUGAAUAGUGCAGUUGAAAUAAAAGGUGCAAUGGAUUUUUCAGUGCUC